AUGGCGAUCGAUGUGAAGAAAGAUGAUGGGGUCGCGCGGUCGCCCACCACUCCUACCCCGACGAAGGCCACCUUUGGCCAACGACCAUUACCAACAUCCCCAUUCCCACAAGCGGUCCAAAUUCCCGAGAGUAUCGAAGAAAAGCAAACACCGAAGCAGACCCCCAAACAAAUUCCCAAGCGAGAAAAUUCGCAACAUUCAAGAAAAUCUCGAGGAGGUUCAGAAGACGUUGAUAUGGAUGAUUCGGAUGGAGAGACUCACGGCGAUGAUGGAUCAGAUGAUGAUAGCGUAAAUGGGGAUGGAUCGAAGUCAAAUAAGAAAAAGAAAUCGCAACGUUUUUACUGCACGGACUAUCCGCCCUGUAAUCUGAGUUUUACGAGAAGCGAACAUUUGGCAAGACAUAUACGGAAACAUACCGGAGAACGCCCGUUCCAAUGUCAUUGCUCAAGACGAUUUUCGCGACUGGACAAUUUGCGACAGCACGCACAGACCGUGCAUGUUAACGAAGACAUUCCGAUCGAUUCUCUCGCAGCUACAGGUACAAGAUUCCAAAGACAGAUCCGAACCGAUCGAGUGCGCCAACCCGGAAGGGCACGGGCUUCUACAGCGGGAAGCAUGGGUACUCCAACUCGUGGCCAUGCGAAAUCCCUGUCUACUUCAAGCAUUAGCUCUGUUGGUUCCAACUUCAGCACUCGUGAGGAUGUACGCCGGCGCCCGCCUCCCUUAGUUAUGGCAGAUCCGAGGUCUCGGCUUUCUAUCGAGACAUAUCACCAUACCCCCCCUGAAAAUGCAUAUUCGUACCGGCCGCCAUCUCCAAGUGACUUUAGCACACCCACGUCCGCAACCUUCUCAACUGGCCAGAAUAGUCCUAGAUGGGGAUCCGCUAUCGCAUCGCCGAGUUCUUCGCACCAACGUCCGCAAAGCAUGUAUGCGGCAGGCCACCGAACCCCAGGCAGACGGUUGAGCGUUCCCUCUGGCGGUGGAAUACCUUUUCAGUCUCCCCAUGGAGCCACCUUAGGUCGACCUCUCUUUGGUCAGGGGCCGGUUAAUACUUCAAAUCCUGGUGCCUUCUCGCCAUCCAGUAGCGUAAUAGGAUCACCGACGUCCUCUGUAUUUUCUUCCAGGCGCGAAUCCACAUCACAGACCGAGGAUUGGCGCCGUCGCACAUGGCAUCCUGACUCAACCAAUUUCAGUAGCAGCCGCUUAAGCAAUAUGAUGACUCCGUCCCAAUUGCAGAGUCCAACAGCAACCCCUUUACCUUUGGCUACCCCGCAACAGCAGCCAACUACACUUCGACUCCCUGGAAUAGAGUCGUUCGGUCCUAUUCCGCACCGUCCUGCAUCACCCCCGAGGCGAAAUCCCUCUCCCAUGAUCGUUGAUUCCGAAGUUUCUCACCCGCCAGCGCUGCUUCCUGCUGCUCAUUCUGGAGACUCGGAUGAAAGGCGCAAUACUGCCAACUGGGACAUGGGUUUGCAUCGAGGCUUGACUCGACUUGAUAUUACUUCUAACAACCCACCGCCCCAGGAGACUACCAGUGCUUGGACUCGUGAAGUACAUCAACCCGUUGAGGCCGAGCCAGAACGAAUGAGAAUCAACCCUCCGACUGUACGAUUCAAUGAACCCAUCGUUGUCGAAAGCCGGCCACCCGGCCCAGCAAGUCUUCCAAGGACGUUCCACCAACACACGAUGUCAGCGCCGUCGACUUCGAGGGAAGGGAAACGACGAGGAUGGUAUAAUGGCCCUGUAACUGUGCAUGCCGAUGCGCCUCCCGAGAAGAUGGCGCGGGUAGAACGCAUGGUACACCCAAACAUUAACGAGUUCCCCGGGUUCCCGGUGAGAGAGAAUGUUGUGAACCCCCCGCCGAGAGAUAACAAUCCAGGGGAGCGAGACAACAUGCUCCGCUUACAGGCUUUAGUAGCGGUCGCUACAAGUGAAGGAAACGCGACAACCGCAUAUUAA